UGUUUAGUGCGUACAUAUGUCAGUUUUUCGUUUUUUGUUGAUUUACGUAGAGUUUGACUGGUUUAAAUUCUCGUUAGUAUUAUGACGCUGCAACGCUGCCUGAUGUACUUUCAGCCUUAACAGGCUGUGUGUGUGUACUGCGUACAUAAACAUAUGGAUCCUCAUUCUAAAACUUCUUACCUACCUAUGCUGUUCGCGAUGAAAACCUUCGUCAAUUGAAACGUUUCUUUUCGAUAAGCUGUGGCUACAUUCUCGUAGAAAUUCUCUCUAUGGCGAUUUUACUAUCCUAUUGCAAGUUAUUCGUGAUUUCUUGCUGCGUGCUACCUUUUUCGCUCACGAUGAGUGUCCACAAAACCGCAGGUAGCGAGCAUUUUGGCAUAAUGCCCCCUAGAUAUGCCAAAGUCGCUCAUCAGACUUUGCCGACACCCGAGGGCGAAGGAUAUCAAUUCAUUAACGACGCUUCCUAUUAUUACAAUCGAGCCAACAACGAAGUUGUCAAUUUUCUCAAACAGUGGUUUGGUACCAGCGACGAAAAAGAUCCGCAAAUUGACGAAGGCGUUUACGAAUGUAAAAAAGGCGAUUGCAAAAUGAUCGAUUUGAACGAACAGCAACUUGCUACGUUUCACGAAAAGUUGAAAGGCAAGAAAAUCCGAACCGGUAAUGUUCUUACGGCGAAAGUUGAAAAGAUGGACGCUGGUUCUUCGCAGGGCGCAUAACUCGCCAAUGCCUAUUCGUAUUCAUCUUUGAAUUAGAUUGCCAAAUUCGUACAUACGAUCCAUAAUCCGUAAAUGUAAUACCAAAUAAAUCUAUCUACGCAGGUGACACCCUUCAGUGUUUCUUGCAUGAAAUUAUCUUACCUAUUUUGCGAGCAAAAUGCUCAACUUUCUUUCAAAUUUAUCAAUGGUCGAUAAAAUCUUUUCUCUUCGCGAAUUUCGCAUUCUUCGUCGCCUCUUUGGCACAACUACGAUGCGUACAUAAUGGCAAAUGUACAUAUUUGAAAUUAAAAAUAGACGUAAAACGCAACAAUUGAAAGAAAAUCGAAUCUUUUUUAAUAGUUUCAAAAUGACAAAAAAAACAAACAAACAAACAAAGUAAACAAACGACGUACAAAUCCAAUCUAGAAUACAAAAAGUAACAUCUGUCAUAAAUAUUUUAAAAUAUAUAACGAACAGUUCUGAGCGUAUUCUCGAAAAAUGCGAUAACGAAAUCGUAAUCGUAAAAUUCGUCAUUGUAUUCGAUAGGUACAUCAUUUUGAUUUCACAAUAUAAACGAAGGAAAAUAAAAGGUAUAACAUCGAUGAAUAAAAUCGCCGAUCUUCGCUUAAAAAUUAUAGGUUUUAAUCAUAUUGCUUCGCCUACACAUUAUAUACUAUACUCGUAUGUAUCAUUUACAUCUAUCCAAUUGGCACAUUUACACGUAUUUUGUAAUUACGAAGAUACGCGGUUACGUAUACGUACAUCUUUAAUAUUAUACACAUACAAAUUGUCACAACAUUCGAUACAUCCUGCCUAUUUUUGUAUUCCGUGGUUUUUUUUUCUUUAUUCAAUUUUACGCAAGCUAUUCUAGGUUGUGAGAAAAAUUCUAAUUCGCGAUCACCGACUCUUUGGUGUAGUAUUGCCUGGGUAAACUACGAAUGUGUACAUUACAUACAUCAAUAUGUACAUUGUACACGUGUAAGAUGUACAUAUUACCUACAUACGACACAUAUGUAUUUUCUAGCAUUAAACUUUCCAUGUGAUAACAAUUAUUACAAAAACCAACGACUUUCGUAUAGUAAAAAAAAGACCAUCGCGUAAGCGAAUACGCCAUUUAAAAAAAAUAUACCCUGCAAUACUGACGAUGCUUGACUUGCGAAGCAAAACCGAGCAUUUUCUAAUCAAUCGCGAAGUUUUGGUUUACGAAGUUUUUUUUUUUUUUUAAUAAUAUUACAGAAGCAACACGACAACGACGACGUAUCGAUUCAUCAUCACACUAACAUUUUUACAAAAAGGAAAAAAAAAAGGAAGAACCGAUAAUAAUAUUUAAAAAAAUAAGAAUGUAAAAGAAAAAACAAAAUUAAAAAAAGUUGGAGGUAUAAAUUAAUGGUACAAAUUUGAUUGUUAGCGACAAAUUUUGCGAAUUAGGGUUCGAAUAGUUUUUCAAAUGUCUCCCUACCUCUUUCCCUUGCUCACUUAGUUCAAAUACUUAUUAAUAAUAAGUUUCCCAAUGGCUAGUCCUCAUCAGCCGGUGUAUUACAUUUUAUAGCUGGUUCUCGUUUAUAUAGCCUAACAUUAAAUUAAUUAAUUGUAAAAGCGUAUAUCUUUCCUAUUUCAGUAUAGGCCAAACUCGAAGUACGUUAUUGAUCGAUGUUUGAUCACACGAUUACGAUACAUGUAGCGAGAGAGAUGUCGGAUUGUCCACAAAAUCGAAAAAUAAAAUACAAAAUUUAAAAAAACUUGAUUUGAAAUGGCUAGUGUGUACUUUACAUUACAUGUUUCGAAAGGUAACAGUUCAGUUUGAGCCUUCAAAAAUUCCCUGUACAUGUUGAAAAUGGUCGCGUAAAAUUUGUCAUUUAUAACGAUUUCAAAAUUGGAAAGUACCUAAACGCGAACAAUUUUCUCAAUUUUCAAGAAUGGUCAAAAUUUCAUACAAUUUUCUAAAAUAUUUCAAAGAUCUAGCCUUCAAAAAGCGUCACCGAGUACGCAGUUCUUCGUACCAACUUUCUCAAUCCUCCAUGCUUUUUUUUUUUUUUUUUGAGGGGAAAAAAUCACUUUAUAAUCAAAUUUAUCAAAAUGUAAUACACAGAGUCGAAUACUCGUAGAUAUUUUUUCGACUUGCGAGACCUAACCUUGGGUUACUGGAUUUAAAUAAAAAUACGUUUACGUACUCGAACAAAUUUAUCGAAACAUAAAUACUAGGGAAUUAUCGUCAUAAUAAGCGUACGAUUUUCAAAUAAUAAUAUAAACCUUUCGAGACGACGAACAUAUUUUGUUACACAUGCGAUCACAAUACGUACUUAGAAUGAAUUUAGUCAUUAAAAUUAACAUUUCAUAACAUAACACGUUAAAUAUCACAUCACUGGAUCCACAGAUCUCAUCGCGUCAAUAUUUUCACAUAUAAUACUGCUAAGAAGAUGAAACUUGCAACUGUUAUUUCUAGAGUGAUCACUACCAGUGUGUACGAAACGAAUACAUAAAAGCAUCUCGCGCCGACGAUGUUCAACAGAGAGUAUUAUAAUAAUUCUAUAUAAGAUGAUUAUUAUUCGAAUAAAUACAUAGCUAACAAAAUAAACAGCCAAAUCGGUGCUUUAUCCGAAAAUACAUUUUGUAUUUCUCAAGAUCAGUCAAAGUUCUCAAAAACUUGUGGCACGUUUCGUAAAGUGAUUCGCAAAAAUUA